CUCAAUCUGUCUCUCUACCUUCUCCUCUAUUCUCGCCUUGAAGAAUUUUGGAUCGGGUCGCAUACAGCUGUUUUGGAGUCGCCGAAAACCUCAUCGUUCUAAUAGAUCCCCUCGCUACUACUGCAAUGGAUCUUACCAACAUCUUCCGGAUUGUCAACUUGGCAGUUGCUGUCCUUCUGAUCCUGGGCGGUAUCAGCCAAUUUUUUCCAUUCGGAUUCCAAAAUGCCAUCGUCGGUAUCUAUGUGAUUCUGUUUGGAUUAGCUACCGGUCUUUUAGAAUUUCAAGUUCCGCCAUACGUUUCCCGUUAUGCGUCUUUCUAUUUCUCAUUCCUCGGCCGAGGAAUUUUCUACGUCUUUAUCGGUUGUAUCUUACUUAGUCACUACUGGUGGCGUUACGUCUCUGGUUCUAUCAUCGGUGUUGUCGGUAUUGCCUAUAUCGCUCUCGAGUUUGUUCCUUCCAUCGAGCCUCCUCCGAACAUGAGGGAAGCCGAUCAGGGCUGGGGCCAAGAGCAAGUUUAAUUGCUCUUCUCCGACACUUCUCGUGCAUGCAAAAUGGAAGCUUGAAGCAAAAGUCAAUGGCCGCCGAUUGCAAACAAGCUUCUAUGUAUGUAAUGUCAGCGACGCGGUAAUGACUAGGAGCAAUAAAUUUUUCGUGCCAGAGCAUAUUUGCAGCGUGAUGGCAAGAUAACUAUGAUGUGAUAGAGGCGCUUUUAGUUUUCUAUCCAGCAUUGAAUGAGUUUCAACAUGUUCUCUUUGUGGAAUUGGCUGUCCUGCCUGGCUAGCUAGCAGCCAGCUAAUCGGACUUACCUAUUUCGUAAUGUUUCUACAGUAAUUCUCAUGGACUGUGCUGUACUACUCUCCAGGCGUAAAUCUGAUACUUAUUUUGUAAUCGAAUGGCUUGCAAAUGACCCC